AUGGGGAACGUAUCACCGACACCUCACCAGCUGCUUGUGGAAGCAGUCGUCUUUUGGAGUAUAGGCGUUGUGAUUUAUGGCGGAAGAAUGAUUUCCCGGACCAUCGCCAAUGGGUCGAUCAAACGUUUGCUCUGGGACGACUAUGUAAUGACAGCAACCUUUAUGGUUUAUACUACUCUCCUGGUGUUGAUUCAAAUAUCCUCGCGCUACGCAACCAAUCUCAUGGACCCGAAGGAUUAUGACCAAGUAUUAUCAGAUCCACAAGAGGUCCGCGAUCGAAUUUACGGAAGCAAAAUCGUCAUUGGGCUGGAGCAGUGCAUGCUUUUCUCAACAUGGGGAGUCAAGACAUGCAUGUUGAUUUUUUAUUGGAGGCUUACCCAGAGCUUGCGCUCCAACCUCUACAUUAAGAUCCUGUCAAUUUAUGUGGCCCUGGGGUUCGUGGUUAUUAUGGUUUGCUACUAUGCUGUUUAUUGUCGGCCCUUCUCCCAGUACUGGGCCAUGCCGGUGAAGAACAUGCAAUGCGCCACUUAUCAGCGUUACUCGAUCACUCAAGCUGUGUUCAACAUUUCAUCCGAUGCAGUGAUGUUCGCCAUUCCAAUCCCCCUCCUUAUCAGAGCUCAACUCAAGAAACACCGCAAGAUUCUUCUCCUCGGUGUGAUGAGCUUAGGUCUUUUUACAAUUAUUGCUGCCAUUCUGAACAAAUAUUUCAACUUUGCAUCACCUCUCACCACUACCUACCAAAUCUGGUACAUUCGAGAAGCCAGCACCGCUAUCUAUGUGGCAAAUCUGAUGUGCUGGUGGCCACUGCUACGAAAGAUCUUUGGACUGAAGACAUUCUCCUAUAACAGCAACCGAGGCCAGCGAGGACAAGGUCCCAACAUCCAGAACAAAGAGAACAACGGCUCCUCACAGUCCGGGUCCCGCCCUUCUUUCUCCAUUCCACGAGCUCUGAACUUCGUUCGCCCAAUUUUCAAGAAACCACACAAGAAGGGGCAUCCUACACGGCAUGGUGAGACUCAUAGAUUCAGCCAAGAAGCCAUAACCCACGAAUCCAACGAUUUCAUGGAGGAUUUGCAUCGAGUGGAAGCACAUCCACUUGAGCAGUGGAACAAAAAUGAUAAUAAUUUUGGAGAUAUCGAGGAACCGAGGCCAAUGAGCCCAGAUUCAAUGACAACAUAUGAGAGCACACAGCCCAAGCUGUGGCACCUUGACCAGAGGAACAAGGCUACUUGA